UAUAUAUGUAACGCUGUGUUGUUUGGGCUAUGCUAUUAACCCAUGAUGGCCAUGGCCAUGGCCAAGUCUACACCUUUCGCUUUCACUCCUCUUCAUCUCCGUUCUCGAAUACAACAACAACAACAUCAUCACAACGCCAAUUUCCCACAAUUCAAAUAUCUCGCUCCCUCACCCCACAAUCCCUUUUUCCUCCUCAACGUUUCCCCCUCCUCUCAGUUCCGUCCCUUCUUUGCCUUCCCUCGACAACGCCCCAAUUUCGCUAUAAAAGCUCUCGAUUCCGACGCAGCAAAUCAGGAAUCAGUUCACGUUGGGAAAAAUGAAAGUUACCAGCAAUGGGAUUCGCUUACCGCCAAAUUCUCCGCUGCCGCCAAUUUUCCCUUUCUGUUACUGCAAAUGCCUCAAAUCAUACUCAAUGCUCGAAAUCUGUUAUCGGGAAAUAAACUCGCUCUCUCCGCUGUCCCCUGGCUGGGAAUGCUAACUAGUUUGCUUGGAAACUUGUCUCUGCUUUCAUACUUUGCCAAGAAGAGAGAAAAGGAAGCCAUGGUAGUGCAGACGUUGGGUGUGGUUUCAACAUACGUGGUCCUUGUUCAGCUGGCAUUGGCUGAAACCAUGCCGUUGCCUUACUUUUUGGCUACUUCAGUUGUUGUCAUCUCUGGCCUUGUUCUGAAUUUCUUGAAUUACUUUGGUAUACUGAAUGCUGGAAUCUGGCGCUUUUGGGAAGAUUUCAUUACAAUUGGGGGUUUAUCAGUGCUUCCCCAAAUAAUGUGGUCUACAUUUGUCCCCUAUGUACCUAACAGCAUCUUACCUGGGGCCACUUCCUUUGUGAUAGCUGUCUUGGCCGUUACCUUGGCAAGAACCGGAAAACUUUCUGAGAAAGGUGUCAAAUUUGUUGGAGGAAUAUCUGGAUGGACAGCUACGUUACUCUUUAUGUGGAUGCCAGUUUCUCAAAUGUGGACAAAUUAUCUCAAUCCUGAGAACAUGAAAGGCUUGUCAGCUUUUUCUAUGCUCCUUGCCAUGCUUGGAAAUGGGCUUAUGCUUCCACGUGCUCUCUUGAUUCGCGAUUUCAUGUGGUUCACUGGUUCAGUGUGGGCUACUCUUUUUUAUGGAUAUGGGAAUAUUGCUUGCCUAUACUAUUUAAACAUUAUCAGCAAGGAAUUCUUCUUAUCAGCAACCGUUGGUCUGAUUUCGUUUAUAGGAACGGCUUUCUGGAGAGACAGCGUUGUCCAUGGUUACAGCUCACCUUCGGCUUCUUUACGUGACUUGGUUUUUGGAUCGUGAAAUUAAAGCCUGCGAUGCUGCACUGAAGCUCAGUUACCCGGUCCUUUCUGCUGAAAUAGUUAUGCUUGAUUGUCACUGCAGCUACAGUACAAAAUAUACACUACCUUGGAAAUGAGUACGGUGAAUCAUAAAUUCGUUGUCAAUACCACUUCGCACAUCAUGGGGUUGAAAAUGAGUACGUUGUUGUUGCAACUUUUUUUUUUAUUCAUGACGGGCCUAACGGGCCCGUUGUUGUUGUUGUGUAACUAAUGCGCGUUUUAAGUGGUUUCUCAUACAAGCUGUGAUAUAGGACUGCAUUGAACUUGGAGGAUAUGAUUGUAAUAAUGUAAUGUUCAAGGUGAAACUCAUCCCUCUUAAUUGUUUAGAUAUUCCUACAUUCAAAUAUUUGUAGAUGCCACUUUUA